CUUUUUCAGGCUCUCUGCCGACAUUAUAGAAGAUGGUGCGUUCCAAUUAGAAUAUUAUGGUGCGCAUUAUUUAGAGUUUUUCGCCAAUGAGACAGCGUAUCUGCAGCUUUGCGAUAUGGUCAAGAGUACGAUACAGGUACACAUGCACUCCUCUUUCAGCUGUAAGGAAGAGAUGGAAAUCAACGGAGGCAGGAGAGGGAGACAAGUUCUCAAGGCUGGACUGGUGGGGCGAGGGAGGAGUGAUGGUUCGAGUCCUCCGCUCCAUGAACAGUAUCCGAGUUCCUCUGGUCUAUAACUCCCUAUUGGGGCGCCCUCCUGAAGCCACGCCCACCUACCACGCCCCCAAACCUCUGGAGGGGUGCAGUGUUCUUGAUGUUGGCUGUGGAGCUGGUUUUCUCACCGAGCCACUGGCUCAGCUGGGUGCCAAGGUCAUUGGUGUGGAGCCCUCUAGAGAGGUUCUGGCUGUGGCGGAGCGUCGUUUGAACCUUGACCCAGAGCUUGCAUCAAGGAUUGAGUAUAGUUGUAUGACUCUGGAAGAGAUGAGGGAGGAAGAGAGGGAGGGGUUUGAUUGUGUGGUGGCGUCAGAGGUAGCUGAACAUGUUGAUGAUCUCUCUCUCUUCCUCCACCUCCUUUCCUCUUCCGUGAAGCCAGGAGGCUCCAUUAUUCUGACUACCAUCAACAGAACUGUGCAGUCGUUUCUGACAGUAAUUGCAGGGGCUGAGUACGUUCUCCCCCUCCUUCCUCGCGGGACCCACUCCUGGACUCAGUUCAUAACUCCAGAGGAGCUGACGGCAGGCUUGGAGAGGAGGGAGGGAGUGGCGGUGGACUGGGUUCGAGGAAUGUGGUUUAACCCUCUCACUUCUCAGUGGGCGUGGUCAAACAGCACCAGUGUGAACUAUGCCAUUAGGGCAGUACGAACUUACUGACAUUAAUUUUGUGCCAUUUUUUUUACCCAUGUCAAGCCAAUCAACAUUAGAAUGACAGAAUGAUCACACAGAGAUAUUGGAGAGAUGAUUCUUUACUUGAUGGACUAGAGUGGAAGUGUAAGCUGCGGUGUUCUUGUCGGCACGGUUACCAGGUGUGACGUCCAGCUGAAAGGUGGGGCUAUACUCUGAGAAAAACUGCAAGAAGACGUUUGAAAUUUCUCUGUCAUGCAGGCAUUACAAGUGUGAACUGUUCUUUGUGGAUUGAACUUAGCAAGCAGUGUGGCAACACUAUAUAUUAUACCUACUACU